AGACGGGCCCGCCGCUGGCCAAGGCCAAGCCAAUCAGCACCUCUGUGAUAACAUAUUUAAGAAGUAGAAAAACACUUAGAGGGAGAGCUUUUGCAGCCGGAGAGAGGAGUGAGAAGAUGUAAGAAACUCUGCAGACACCAAGGUCAGUGCAGAUGGAGGGGGAGGAGGAGCUCCAGGCGCCGGAGCAGAGAUCCCCCUGCAGCCCGUGGUGAAGGCCAUGGUGAAGCAGGCUGUCCCCCUGCAGCCCAUGGAGGAAGGAUGAGGGGGUGUAGCGAUUCCACCUGCAGCCCGUGGAAGACCCCACGCCGGAGCAGGUGGAGGCACCUGAAGGAGGCUGUGGCCUGUGGGAAGCCCACGCUGGAGCAAGUUCCUGGCCGGACCGGUGGACCCGUGAAGAGGGGAGCCCAUGCCAGGGCAGGUUUGCUGGGAGGACUUGUGGCCCCGUGGGGGACCCCACGCUGGAGCAGUUUGCUCCUGAAGGUCUGCACCCCGUGAGAGGGACUCCAUGCUGGAGCAGGGGAACGAUGAGAGGAGUCCUUCCCCUGAGGAUGAAGAAGCGGCAGAAACACCGUUAGCCUACACAAACCAGAAAUUAAACUAGAAUCUCUAAAAGAAGAUAUUAAGGAUUUUCUGAAGACGUCAGGUUGGGAAAAGAAGCUUCAGAAUGCUGUUUAUAGUGAACUCAAUGUGUUUCCUUCGCCCUGUCAUCCUGCAGCGCCGCCUGAGCAUAUGAAAGAACCAUUAGCUUAUAUGAGAAAAGCACAGGGAAGCUGGGAGAAGCGAAUUCUAAAAAGUCUGAACAGCAUGUGCACAGAACUCAGCAUCCCACUAGCACAGAAGAGGCCUGUAAGUGAACAGAAAGAACUGCUUAAUAAAUGGAAUGAAAUGGGAACUGAUGAGCCAGAUCUAAGUCUCUUCCGGCCUGUUUAUGCACCUAAAGAUUUUCUUGAGGUACUGAUGAAUCUUCGAAACCCAAAUUAUGAAAAUGGAGAACAGCCAAGUUUCAGAAAUCAUCUGGGGCUAAUUCAGGUUCCUCUAAAAGUUAAAGAUAUUCCAGAACUGAAAGAAGACUUCAGUGAACUAGGCUUAAAUAUAGGACAACUGGGUAUUGAUGAUUCAGCACAAGUGCCUCCUGAGUUCUUUGAAAAUGAACAUGUACGUGUUGGACAGAAAGUUUUAGCAGAGCAAGAUAGUGCUGCAGCUCAACAAUAUGUUCGUCAGGGAUGUCCAACAGCACUCCGAGCUGAUCUGUGGGCCCUCAUUCUCAAUAUUUCUAAUCAGCCAGAGGAUAUCUUGUAUUAUGAACAGCUUAAGUCAAAUGUGAUUCAGCAUGACCUUUUAGUGGACAGCCUGAUUUACAAAGAUGUAAAGCUCACAGCAAGCAAUGAUGACUACUAUUUUGUAUUUGAGGAUUAUUUAUAUCAGGUAUUACUCUGUUUUUCCCGAGAUACCUCUGUACUGGAGCACUUUACUUACAGUAGUGCCACCCCACCCAAAUCAUAUAUACGAGGAAAACUUGGAAUGGAAGAAUAUGCUGUUUUCUAUCCUCCAAAUGGUGUAAUUCCUUUUCACGGCUUUUCUAUGUAUGUUGCUCCACUUUGUUUUCUGUACCAUGAACCUUCCAAAUUGUAUCAGAUAUUUCGUGAGAUGUAUGUGCGUUUUUUCUUCAGACUCCAUUCCAUCUCUUCACAUCCCUCUGGCAUCGUAUCAUUGUGUUUGCUGUUUGAGACUCUUCUACAAACCCAUCUGCCCCAGCUCUUUUAUCACCUUCGAGAAAUUGGGGCUCAGCCGCUACGAAUUUCAUUUAAAUGGAUGGUACGAGCAUUUUCUGGUUAUUUAGCUACAGAUCAGCUCUUGCUUCUGUGGGACAGAAUCCUGGGAUACAACUCUCUAGAAAUUCUUGCUGUCCUGGCAGCUGCUGUGUUUGCUUUCCGAGCAGUCAACCUGAUGGAGGUGACAUCACUGGCUGCAGCUGAAGCUGUACUUGCUGACCUUUCAACUCUGAAAGUUAUGCCUCUUCUUCAAAUCUUCUUGUUUGCUACUGUUACUUGAUCUGCUUCAACAAUAUUGGUACCACAAUUCCAAUCUUUCCUGAGAAGCUAAUCAACUAUGCAAUGUCUGCAUAAAACCAAAAUUAAACUGUAUGUUUAAUAUUAAUUUAGAAAUCAUGACCUUAAAAUUUUCUAACUGAAAACAGUAACUUUGCACACGAGUGUGUGCAGUGCAUGCUACUGAAUUUCACCGUAACAGCAAUGGUUACUGUUUGUACAUUGAGAAUGACUACUUGUGCAAAUAAACAAUAUGAAUCAGUGUCUAAAAUGCAUGUAAUCUUAAAUUAAAUAAAGUAAAUGUAAUUUGUGGUCUGAGUUUUGUGAUGUCAGUGUUGGAGUUGUAAAAGCUCUCUUUUAAUAUGAAAUUACUUUUUCAAGCUCACAGCUUAGAGGAUAUCAGCUCAAAUACUGUCAACUGAGAAAAUAAA